AUGAGACUACUGAUUGCAGCCUUCGUUACUGCAGCGUACGCUGCGCCACAAGGAUAUAGUCCUCCAUCCUCGGGAGGUGGAGGUGGCUUUUCCGGGGGAGGAGGAGGAUUUUCUGGAGGUGGAGGAUUUUCCGGAGGAGGAUUCUCUAGUGGUGGAGGAUUCUCUGGCGGGGGAGGAAUCUCCAGUGGUGCAUUCUCCGGCAGUGGAGGUGGUGGUGGAGGGUCUGGGUAUGGAGGAGGCGGAUGCAGAGCGGGAGAGGUUCUGCAUGUUGACGGCUCCUGUGUCGUUCCCAUAAUCUCACGCAACGUAUUUGUCUAUGACGCUCCCGAACAGCAAGAAGAAAGCGGUCCACCGCCAAGUAUUCCUCCACCAAGAAUCGACCACAACAUCCUAUUUGUCCGCGUUCCUGAGAAGGGAGCAGCGCCCGAGCCAAUCAUCGUUCCUCCACCAAGGCAACAGAGCGUGGUGUACGUCCUGAACAAGGACGAUGGAGGAGGAGGACAGCAAGUGAUCGAAGUGACAGCUCCUCCCCCGUCCAACCCUGAGGUUUACUUCGUCAACUAUGCUGAAGGAGACAACCCUCAACUGCCCAUUGGAGUUGAUCUCCAGACUGCUCUCCAAGCGGCUGCCAACGGCGGAGGACAAGUCAUCGGCGGAGGCGGAGGAGCAGGCGGAUUUGGCGGUGGUUCCGGAGGCGGAUUUGGCGGUGGUUCUGGAGGCGGAUUUGGCGGUGGUUCUGGAGGAUUUGGCAUUUUGGCGUGGUUCUGGAGGAGGAUUUUGGUGGUGGAUUUGGCGUGGUUCAGGUGGCGGAUUUGGAGGUGGAUCCGGUGGUGGAUUUGGCAGUGGUUCCGGAGGUGGUUCAGGCGGUGGUCUUGGUGGUAG